AACGGCCGCUCUGUCACUUGGAUGUUAGUUGAUUUUACAAACAAACAUCGGGUCGGCUGAAUUUAUAAUAAUUAGCUGUUAUGACUGUUAUUUUAAUGAUGGCUUUUGAUUAUAACUGUACUAUAGUAAGAUAUUGUGAUGAGUGAAACAGACGAUACAGAUGUGCUACUGCUGAUACCACCAAACUUUUUUCUGGUCCAAACAUCGGAAUCCGAAGACUCGCUUUUAGAUUCCUCUAGAACCGUAGUGCACAAACCUGUCUCGUGCACGGCUCAAGUGCUUGGCAAGCUAGUGGACCAAGUGCACUGUCUGGAAUCUAGGUUAGAAAGUUUGGAACUCAGUGACACUGUUUCCAGCACCGCGUCGCGUUCGAGACGCAAGCUUUGGAAUACGGCAUCAGAAAGCUUUAACAAUUUAAGCUUUGACCGCAAAUCUUCUACUUUCCCUCGAAGACGCCGUCGUAAAACUUCUAAAAGAGAACACAGACGGGAACUCUCUUUGACCAGCCUCGACUCUUGUAGCACCCUGAAACAAGUACCUCAUUUGCAUUUAGAAGAAGAUAACAAUACAAAAAAGACUAAUAUUAAUGACACACUAAGUAUGGAUGGAGAUAUAAGCAGUAUUGUCUCUACUCCUAGUAAAAAUAAUGAUAAGCUGCUUCUGCAUGAGAUAGAUGAAUUCUUGACUAAAGUUGAGGCAUAUGAGAGCCCAGACACAAAAUAUAAAGAACAGGAGACUUCACUUAGCCCAGAGAAUGUAAUCAAAGCUACUAGAGACUAUAUUUCACACAAUUUAGACCCUAAAAAUGCUGACAGAGUCAAAUUACCAAGUGGAAGAAUUGUGUCAAGUGAUAUCCUGGAUAAAUACAUUUAUUUAGUUAAAAGUAAUCCUGGAUCAACUGUGUCUCAGUCUGACAAACCAUUGACCACAUGUUCCCAGAAUUAUCAACAGAAUGAUGAAGUGGAACAGACUCCAAUAUCUAAAGAACCUAGUAAAGUUGAAACUAAAUCUCCUAGUAUUCGCAGACUAAAUUUUUCUGAAACAAAAGAUGUCCAACCUACCUCUACCCCUAAAAGAAUGCCGCAAAGUUCAAGCUAUUUGGAUACAUUUAGACCAUCAUCAAACAAGAUAUAUGACCGAGCAUCCAAAGUUUUGGAGCAAUACAAAUCUAACUACAGUCGUACAACAACAGACAGUUACUUGCAAUCUCCUAAAAAGGAGGAAUUCAAAAUGCCACAAAUGAGACCUUAUGUGUCAGAACAUAAGGAAGGUCUGAAGUUAGCUGCUUUGCAGAAUAAGUUGGUUGAAACUAUUGAUACAGAUCUGUUGAGUUUGAGUGAGCUUUGGGGGGAAAAAGGAGAUAGGACAGAGAGAGGAGAGACUUUGAAACUGGAAGAGGAGAGGUUGAAAAGAGAACACUGUGAAGCCAUGAUCCAACAGUUACAAAAGAAGAUCCUGGAUCAACAGGAGAAGCUGGCAGUUGCGCUCAAAGUGGACCGAGCCAAAGACUCCGCAAUAACUAAGCUAAGGGAAGCCUGGCUCAAAAUUACCGGAAGCCUGGACAAAGCUGAGGAGAGACACCGGACGGCAUUGGAGAAGAUGGUACGGGAGGUGGACAACUUUAAAAUGGUUGCUGGGGAAGCGCAAAAGAAAACCAACCAUUUUGAAGCUGAACUCUACAAAGCAUUGGAUCUGGCCCACGACUACCAGGAGAAAUGUAAGCAACUCAACUUGGAAAUCAAAGAGUUGCAGGGGAAGAUGGAGAGACAAUUGGCUAAAGAACAAGAAGUCGUUGCCAGUAAGGAUAAAGAGAUAGGCAUGUUGAAAGAGAAUUAUGAGACGAUUAUGAGGCUUAAUAAACAGUCUACUGACUGUGUGAAGAAUUUAGAGGAAGCUUUGGAGAAGGAAAAAUCCGAGCAUGAAUCUACAAAAAAUAAAGCCUCUGAGCUGAGCCACAAGUUACAAUCAUUCCAUGAAGAGACAUCACUGACCGUGCAGGAGAGGGACCUGCUGAAAGGGAAGGUGAAUGAGGAGAGAGCGAGAUGCAGCAUGCUCGAGCGACAGUUGAGUGACAAGCAUAGUUUGAGUGAAGAUUUAUUGAAGAAAUGUGAAACCCUGGAAAACGAAGUGAAAUCCCUGAACAAACUGCUGGAGCUGCAAAAGAACGAGCUGAAGCUGCACUACCAGAAGCAGCUGGAGGACGCCGUGCUGGGCAAGCUGCAGGAGUUCCAGCAGCAGCUGGACCGCGCGGAGAGGGAGAUGGAGAUGGACAACGCCAGCAAGCACAGGGACGUGCUGGACGCUUGCGGCAAGCAGGUGCAGAGGAUACAGGAACAACACAAAUUGGAGAUAAAUGUUCUAGAAGAGAAGCAGAAGGAAGAAAUUAAUCUGUACAGGCUUCAACUGGCGCAGGCCAGCGAGAAGAUCGGCUUGCUUGAGAGCAAGUUGGACUCGUACCGGCGCCGGCGCGGCCAAAUCGCUUCGCAGCUGCACGGCGUCAUGGAGUCUCAGUGGAGGCAGGCUUUACUCAUACUGACCAACGGGAAUCCCAACACUUCCUCAUUGGACCUCACCAGGGCUGAGAGCGUGGCGACGCCGCUGCCGACGGACCUGGCGCCGCCGAAGCUGCCGCCGGCGGCGCCGCCGCUGUGCGCCGCGCGCGCUGACAAGUUCAACUUCGAGGGCUUGAGCGACAACGAAUUGCAGCAGUACGUCAAACUGCUGCUAACGAAGCCCCCCAACUUAGAGGGCGGGGGCGACACGCGGCCGGAGGAGCCCACCAGCGACCGCCCCGAGCGCCGCGACAAGAGGAGGAGUCUCAAUAGCAGUAAACCGCCCUGGAAGGCCUAGCUCACGACUGUAUUAGUAUGGAUAUAAUUUUAUCAUUUUGUUUAUUAUAGACAACUCUCGCAAUAUGUAAUGAAUUAUCAAAGAAGGAAUCUCACUGCACUUUCUAAUUUAUUCUUAGGAUAUCUAGGCCCAUGUUGUAAUGUAAAAGUUUAUAACUACAUAAUGGUUACGUUAACUUAGACCUUCGGCACAAGUUCAGAUUUAAGAGACAACAGAAAGGUUGUCUCUUUAAUCAGAAAAAAGACGCUCAACGGCCGAGGAAGAAACCGGGAAAACGCUCAGGUGUGAGAGAGAGAAAGAGUAAGAAACGAAACAAGACUGCCUUAUUUUUCUAUUAAAUAUGUGCAUCGUUCUUGACUCUAGAUUGCUCACGCGGCAGGUGUAGCCAGUCUUAUGGACAAAAUGGCGCGAGACGUUAAUAUCAAAUGUAUGUGUUUUGUAGCUUUGACAAUACACACACAACUACAACGCUACCAUUGUCGCAUCGUAUCGCGUCGCGAAUUUUCGCAAGGGGCAAUACUAAACAGGGUGACAUUUGCAAUAUUUUGUCUACAUGUUCAGUCCAUGAUUCUGAACAACUUUUAGUAUGGGAGUAAAUCCGAAAUCGUGAAAAAAAAAUCAACUGUUCUAUACAAAAAAUAUAUGGAUCAGUAAUAAUUUUUUUUUUUCGAGAUUUCAAGGUUGCUUCCAUACGAAAAGUUAUUCAGUACUGUCGACUGAGCGUGUAGAUAAAAUAAUACCAAUGCAUAAGAAAUCACCCUGUAUAAGGAUAGAUGAUACUGGACAGACGCUCAUGCAUGGCCAGUGGAAGUGACGUGUAUUUUGGUGGAAGAUGAGUGCGCGAUUGGAUCGCGCCUGCAAUUAUUAAUUUUAAUGAAAUUAGAUAAUGGGAUAUAAGAAACAACUAUGUGCUUUAAGUUCUGUAAGUAAUUUUUCAGUGUUUAUUUUUUAACGAUCGAUGUUUGAGACAUUCCAUAGUUAUUGAUUGCUAUGUUCAAGAAUUAUCUUUAUUUUACUAGAAUAUGUGGAUAUUACAAUGCCCAUAUAUAUUUUCAUAUGAUUGUUAUUUAUAAUCUCCAUAUUAAGUUUUCGUUUAGUUAUCUAUUUUAGAAUAUGUAAUUUAUAGAAUAAAAGAUUGGUUUAUUUUGUAUAGGUUGUCAAGAAAGUCAUAACACAAACGUGCCACAUUAUUGCCAAAUGGCAACUUUGAAUAAGGUGUUGCCAAUAAAAAUAACUUAGGAAAAUAUUUUAGUGGAUUUCUUCAUAGACUGAGACAACACAAAACGAAAUACGAUAUUUUAUUAAUAUAACGAUUUAUUGAUGGUACAUAAAUGCGAGUUAAAAAUA